AUGGCAUUUGAACCAAUUGAUACCACGACUUACUCUCGUGAAAUUGAGGCAGAAUAUCUGAAGGUGGUUACCGGUGAUGAAGACACGACUUGGUUAAUCAUCUCUCCAAAUGCUAAGAAGCAAUAUGAACCUGAGUUAGUUGGUACUUCAUUCACGGAAUUCUUGCACAGUUUCGAUGAUACGAAGGUGCAAUACGGUUUAGCCCGUGUUUCUCCACCUGGAUCCGAUGUUCAAAAGCUAAUUUUGAUUGGUUGGUGUCCGGACUCAGCCCCCUUGAAGACGAGAGCGUCUUUUGCACAAAACUUUGGUGUGAUUUCCAACCAGGUUUUGAAGACAUACCAUGUGCAAGUUACUGCUAGAGAUGAGGAUGAUCUAGAUGAAUCAGAAUUGUUGAUGAAAAUCAGUAACUCUGCUGGUGCGCGUUACUCUAUCCAACAGCAAUCUUCUUCUGGUGCUAAGAAGCCAUCUUCUGCUUCGAGUUUCAGUAAGCCAACUGCUAAGAAACCAGUCAGCAGUUUCGAGAGAAAACCAGUUGAAAAGGCAUCAUCUCCAUCGCCAGCUCCAGCUCCAGCUCCAGCACCUGCUCGCAGAACUGUAUCGCCAAAACCAUCUGCUGGCUCUACCAACGAAGAUGGCUGGGAUGAACCAGAAUUGGAGGAACGUGACUUCCACCAAAAGCCAUUGAAGCCAAACUCUUCUUCUUGGAAGCCAAUUGGUAAAGUUGACUUGCAGAAAGUUAUUGCCGAAGAAAAAGGUAAGGAAGAUCCUCGUCUAGUCGUCUCUGCUGCCACAUACGACAAGAAAAUCGAUCCUCAAUCCGAAAUUGCUAAGCUUAAGGAAGAGUCAAAAUUGAAGAGAGAUGCUGCCUACGACAAAGUUCUUGGGGUAAAGGCUCCUUCUCCUGCUGCCACUGCCGUCAGUGACAACUCUGACAGAGUCAUUAAGGGCUUCAAGAACGAGAAGUCUCCAUCUCAAUUGUGGGCCGAGAAGAAGAGACAAAAGAGCUCUUUGCCUGCAAAGACCGAAGCUCCUAAGUCAACUUCCAGUGAAAGAUUCGAAGAUUCUGAAGAAGAAGAAAAGCAAGAACCAGAAGAAGAAGAAGAGCAAGAGGACGUUGAAAACAUCAGAUCGAAAUUCGAAUCCAUGAAAACCGAAGAGGUUCCAAUCAUAAAGCCAAGACAAACACCAGCUAGAUCUAUUCCAGAACCACCAAAGGAAGAAGAACCUACUUGGGCCAAGAAGGAACAAAAAUUCGGUCAACCACUCCCAGGUUUGCACGACCAAAAGAAGGCAGACUCUGAUGGUUGGAGUGAUGACGAAGAGGAAGAAGAAGAUGAAGGUGAAUCAAGAAUUCCAGUCUUGCCAUCCAGAAGAAACGAAGAGGAACCAGCUCCAGCCUUACCAGUGAGAAGAAACGAACCUGAAUCAGAGGAAGAAGAUGAAGAGCCAGCUCCUGUUUUACCAAGCAGAAGAAAUGAACCUGAACCAGAAGAGGAAGAGGAAGAGGAAGAACCAACGCCAUCUUUGCCGAUCAGAAGAAACCUUCCUCCUCCACCUCAACAACAACAACAACAAGAGGAAGAAGAGGAUAACUUUGAUGAACCAGAGGAGCCAAAGGCCCGCAGCCCUGUUCCUCCACCAGCUCCAAGAAGAACACAACCAGCAAAGCCAGCAGCUCCAUCUGCUAUUGCCGAAUACGAUUACGAAGCUGCAGAAGACAAUGAAUUGACUUUCCAAGAAAACGAUAAGAUCAUAAAUAUCCAAUUUGUCGACGACGAUUGGUGGUUAGGUGAGCUAGAAUCUUCUGGUGAAAAGGGUCUUUUCCCAAGUAACUAUGUCAGCUUGGAACAAUAG